AUGGCUGUGGAGGAGCCGAAGGAAGCCAGCGAGGCUGACCCGUCGAAAGACGAACAAAUGGAAGAGGCGGAGAAGCCUGCGGACGGGGAGAAGCCCGCGGAUGAGGAGAAGCCAGCAGAGCCGGAACAGCCGCAGGAGCAGGAGCAGGACGCGGAGGCCAUCUCCGGUCAGAAGGUCAAGAGCGUCGCCUUGAACCAGGCUGAUUCCACACUGAAUGUGCUGCAGUCCGGCCGAUUGGUGAGGACACUGACGGAAGGUGGCAUGCAGUACCUCCUGGCAUGCGUCCGAUCGGACACGGGCAUCAAGUCCGGCAGGUAUAUGUUCGAGGUCCGGAUAGUUGAGUCCAUCACUCCUAUGGAGACUGGGGAGAGGACGCCUACACCGAAACAGCUGCUCAGAGUGGGCUUCUCGCUUGCUGGUAGCUCUCUGUUCCUAGCAGACGGAUGCGACAGCUUUUGCUUCGAUUCCGAAGGCCUGUUCAUCCAUGAAAAAUUGCGGAAGAAGGUCGGUCCUAAAUUCCGAGAUGCAGUCGUGGCGGUCCUCUUGAACCUGGACCAGUCGAGCCCAAACAAGAACACCGUCAGCCUUUUUUUGAACGGCAUCCGACAGUCUCCUCCCCUGCCCAUACCCGAGCACCUGUGCGGCAAGCCGCUUUAUCCCACUCUCUCGUUCAAGAAUCUGUCCUUGGACGUGAACUUCGGCCCCUCUCCGCGCAAAGCUCUGCCGUUUCGCUGCCACAUGCUGGCCGGUGCGGCGGCAGCUGACGUGGAGGCAUCUCCUUGCAAAGCGUCGGCGAAGAAGCCAGAGGUGAUUCUGCCAGUGGGCUUGCCCUCUCAGGGUUUCUUUGAUUGGGUGGACGAGUUCGUUGAAAAGAACCCGGGCUAUGUGGAGCUGAGUGAUCGAAAGAUCCUGGAGUGGGCACAGAAGAGUGGCUUGUGGAAGCCAAAGGCGGGUGGGUCCCUGGACAAGCCCGAAGGCCACUUCGGGGUCCCGGCACUGGAUGAUGGGAGCGUGCGUCGAGUUCUUUCCAACAUCUCGCCCGCCCUGAACCGCAAUUACAUCAUCGGUGAACUGAAAGGCAACUUGGUCGAAGCCGACCGCGCGGCUACUCUGGGCAGGUUCAAUCCCCAGGACUUCUCUCGAAAGUCCGUGGUGGUCAUGGGCGAACCCACGGCAGAUUACAAGAGCAGGGUGCAGUCCCUCAUCUUGGCUGAGAAGAAGACCAAGGCCGAGCAGGAGCAGAAGCGCAAGGCCCAGGCCGAGGAGCGGAAGCGGAUGCUGGAGCUGAAGCGCAAGAAGGCCGAGGAGGCAAAGAAGGCCAAGGAGGCAGCUCAGAAGAAGAAGGAGGGCAAGGAGGAAAACGGAGACGACGCAAAGGCGGAGGCGGAGGAGACAGCUGAGGAUGUGAAGAUGGAAGAGCCCGUCCAAGUAGAACUCACAGAGGAGGAGAAAUCCUUGUCCUACCGGACCUCCACAACCCCAGACAUCUCAGAGCGUGAGUUGACCAAGUCUUUCGCGAAGUUCAGCCUUCCGAGCAAAGAGGAGGGCUUCGAGGCCAUCAGCUUCGCAUGGCAGGCUGAGGCCGACUGCGCGGCCUUGCUCAAGAAGUGGAUCCUCCAGAAGAAGCUGACGCAGCGAGCCGAGGACUUGCAGCCGGGUGCCGGCUUCAAGGAGACCUGGACGAAGUGGCAGAAGACGAUCCAGGAGUGGAGGAGGCGGCAGGCCGACUACAAGGAGCCGUCGAAGCGCAAAGCCCUCGCGGCGAAGAAGCUGGAGACAGCCAAGAAGGCCAUGGAGGAGGAGAAGAAGAAGCUGAUGGAAGCCGGGGAUGAAGAUGCAGCCAAGGCUCUGGAAGAGAAGUUCGCGCAAGAUACCGCUCCCGUGGAAGUGAACUUCGAUGACCUCGAUGUCUUCGCUGUCGAGGAUGUGAUGGACCUUGGUAACACCAUGCCCUUGUUCGCACAGUUCUUGUACGAGGAUUGGGCCCUUCUGAAUCUCAGAGCAGAGCUCCACCUCCUGCUGCACAACUUCAAGAAAGACUUGGACGAUGCAGACAGGCCGAGCUUCGUGGAAGCCCAUCUGGGAUACUACUACCAGAAGUACUUCAAGAAAAGCUGGAACUUCAAUCAGUACGGCCUCGCGAAGUUUGCAGACCUCCUGGAUAUCUUGAAGGAUGCUAUCUCCGUGGACAGCACUUCAAACUUCCUCCAGGCUGUGCAAUCCGACGAUGUCGCGCUCGAGACUUUCCUGAAGUACACCGAGGACCACAGGCGAGAGCGGGAGCGCCGAGUCGACGCCGGCGACGAGACCGCGAAGCUAAAGUUCUCGAGGCCAGCGCCGCCGCCAACACGGCAAGCGGACAAGGGCAGUGGCAAGGGCUCGGCCAGCGGCGGAGGCAAAGGCAGACCCGCUGCAUCGACGUACAACGAGAGCUCGUAUGGUUAUGGGAAGCGGCCGUACCAAGCCUCGUCUGGCGGUCCACCAGCCAAGCAACCCCGGACAUCGUAUGGGUCGUAUGGUGGAGGAAGCUACGGGCGGCGGUGA